GUUGGCCAGAGCUGUCCAGCACUGGACAGAUUCCCUAGGACUGCCAGCUCACAAAGUGGUUUACUGAUGUUGCAUUGAGCCAAUUCAAGCCUUCAUGGGAGGCGCAAACAUCUCGCAUGUUGUGGCUAGCUUGAAACACAAGUGCAAGCGAGGGCUCGAGGAGCUGAUAAACCUCACUCAGGAAAAGGUAUCUAAGAAUUUCGCCUCCCCGGGGAAUGCAGUAUCGCCAGUGCAUUUGGCGGCUGUAGGGGCACAACGAAUGUUACCGACAUUGAAGGUCGAGUUGUCCAUCGAAGUAGGAAAGCAGAGAUACUGGAGGGCAUUGGCUUCCAGCGCAAAUUUCCAGGGCUAUACCAUGCUGAACUGUCUUCAUGUCAUACACACCGAUAUCAUGCUAGUUUGGAAUUUUUAUGAUCUUGACGAUUAUCUGAAUAGCUCAGAAUUUCUGAAUCUGAUGAUGAGCAUGGUUGAGACUGUUGAUGUGGCUACUAGGUCAACAGCUGAACCUGCCCCUCUCGGAUGUAGCGACGCAUUUGCCAUGAGAAGUAUGUAGUACAUAAGUCGUGAUGAUACACGACAGACAUAUGAGCUAAAUGUCGUCAAGAAAC